AACACACCCCGCGUCUCUCUCUCUCUCGCUAUCUUACUCUCUCCGCUCGUCCCUCUCUCUUCCAGUAGCUCUCUCUGUCCGUCCGUCCGUCCGUCCCGCUCUCUCAUUCUGUGAGUUUCUGCUGCCCAAGCUCAACGCUAUGCUCCCUUCAUUUCCUCGACGUCCGACCACGAGUCCACGCCUAGAACCUCUACGAGCUUCUCUCCCUCCCUCAGCCUCUUUCUCUCUCUCAGUCGUUCACCUCUCUCUCUAAAACUCUCAGCGGUCGCUCACCACUGGGCUACCGCCAACAGCGCCUCCCACUGUGGCUCGCCACUCAACCCUCUUCAGCCUUGCCCACGCCAAAGACGUCACGAAAACACCCCACACCUCACGCCACACCCGCCCGUCGUGCACUGUCCCGUGUUUCCUCCCUCUGUCGCUCGCUAUCUCAUCUCUGCAUCCUAGCCGCGCCAAUCCCCCCCCCCCCCCCCUCCACAACGGGCCGCCGUAUUGCACAGCCCCCGUUCGAAGUGCCACCAACGAAUCUGACGUAGCAGCCCCAUCGCAUCGUUGCCGUGAACAAACCGCCGGGCUUGGUUCUAAAGUUCUUGAAAACCCGGACCUAAUACUUUAGACUGACUCUGUGAAGUGGAAUGGCUAUUUCAUCUUCGUUUUUCGCAUGUUCAUUGCAGGGGAGCGUGGCUGCUCCUAAAACAUUAAAUUGCUACAAAGAGCUUUCGUGCAAUCCUUCAAAUCUUUUCUUCAAGCAAUCAGGAUGCAUCAAGUCAAUGUAUCAGUCACAUUCGAGGUUAUUACCCCAUAGUAUACUAUCAAAAUGGGAACAAACUGACCGAUUCGACAGAAUCCAGCGCCAUUCAUUGGAAGUUGAGACUGCACCUUCUUUUACCAUGGGGAAGAAAUUUCAACUUGAUGAUAUAAUUGAAGCCCAACAAUUUAAUAGGGAUAUUCUCAGUGCUAUAUUUGAAGUUGCGAAUGACAUGGAGAAGAUAGAAAAUAAUUAUCCCGGAAGCCAAAUCCUUAAGGGUUAUCUUAUGGCUACUCUCUUUUACGAGCCAUCCACUAGGACUAGGCUUUCAUUUGAGUCUGCCAUGAAACGGUUAGGUGGGGAAGUUUUGACAACAGAAAAUGCACGGGAGUUUUCAUCAGCAGCUAAAGGUGAAACACUUGAAGAUACUAUAAGGACAGUUGAGGGUUAUUCUGAUAUAAUUGUGAUGCGGCACUUUGAAAGUGGUGCUGCCAGAAGAGCAGCAGCUAUAGCUGGAAUUCCUAUUAUUAAUGCUGGCGAUGGUCCUGGGCAACAUCCUACACAGGCUCUUUUGGAUGUCUAUACCAUUGAAAGAGAGGUAGGAAAACUAGAUGGCAUCAAAGUUGCGCUAGUGGGUGACCUUGCCAAUGGAAGGACCGUCCGCUCACUUGCUUACUUGCUUGCCAAGUACCAAGAUGUGAGGAUUUACUUUGUCUCUCCCGAUGUGGUAAAAAUGAAGGAUGAUAUAAAAGCCUACUUGACAUCUCAGGGAGUGGAGUGGGAAGAAAGCUCUGAUUUAAUGGAAGUGGCUUCUGAGUGUGAUGUAGUGUAUCAAACUCGUAUUCAGAAAGAAAGGUUUGGAGAGAGACUCGACCUCUAUGAAGAAGCUCGAGGCAAGUACAUCCUAGAUCAGGCUGUCUUGGAUGUUAUGCAGAAGCAUGCUGUGGUCAUGCAUCCUCUCCCCAGGCUUGAUGAGAUUACUGUGGAAGUUGAUAGGGAUCCAAGGGCUGCUUAUUUUAGACAAGCAAAGAAUGGUCUCUAUAUUCGGAUGGCGCUCUUGAAACUCUUACUUCUUGGGUGGUAAAGAUGCCUUCACAUACAUUCUCGAAUUCUGACUCGAAAAGCUUGGGUUUCAUGGUUUAAUUUUGUUUGAGGAUUAAAAGAAAUUAAAUGAUCAUGUUCGAACGAGUUAUGAUUGCCGAAGCUGCGAGGAUUAAUUGGGUUUGGACGAGUGAACUUGAGGAAGGUUUUUCCUGUUUCUGAGGUUU